AUGUCGUCCUCGCUUGCAUCAGCGCUCUCCGAGCGGCGGGCUGUCGUGACUCUGGGAAUGUUCAUCAUCGACGAGUUCUCUUAUACGGACGCUGAGGGCAAUCCUACUGGUCAGACCAGGAAACCGGAGAUCGGUGGGGGCGGGACAUACGCGGGCAUCGGUGCUCGUAUCUGGUUACCAGCGAGCGAGAUCGGCAUGAUUGUCGACGCCGGUGCGGAUUUCCCUUCGGAUAUCCGCGCCGAACUGGACGCGUUUGGAAGUGAUAUGUGGCGCUUUCGUCCCAGCAGCCAGGGCACCACACGCGCCAUCAAUAAGUACAAAGGCGAGCUUCGAGACUUCGAGUACUUGACUCCUCGUAUCCGCAUAACGCCGCGUGAUCUUGUGGGUACACCGUUGGCCGAACCGCGGACGCUGCACUUCAUCUGUUCACCACAACGCGCACAUGUCAUCGUCUCCGAGCUGAAAGAGCUCAACUGGGCACCCAUCACUGUCUAUGAACCGAUACCUUACCGAUGCGUGCCGGAGCAGUUGCCCGCGUUGAUCAAUGUUUUGCCUGACGUCCAUAUCCUGAGCCCUAACGCAGAGGAAGCACUCGCUCUCCUGAGCAUAAGUGAGCCCGUCUCGCGCGAGACGAUUGAACAAGCAGCAAGACGCUUCGUCGACUUCGGUAUAGGACCAGACGCAAAAGGCCACGUCGUCAUCCGAAGUGGUGCAUUGGGGUGUUAUGUGAUGAGCAGAGAUCGACCGGGCGAAUGGAUCGCCGCGUAUCAUAAAAGCCAAUCUACUGUUGUCGAUGUCACUGGCGGCGGAAACAGUUUCCUGGGUGGAUUGGCGGCUGGACUGAAGCUCGCCAAAGGCGACGUGUACAAAGCGGUUUUGUACGCGUCGGUGUCGGCGUCGUUCGUGAUCGAGCAGUUCGGGUUGCCAAAGUUGUCGAAGCGCGCUUCUGCCAAUGAUGACGGGGAGACGGAGGAGUGGAACGGGGAUUCUCCGCACAGGAGGCUACAAGCGUACAAGAAAUGA